AUUUGUUAUCGGCGGAAUCCUUUGAUUGGUGCACAGAGAUAUGGGAAGUGCACACGAGUAGUUAAAAUUUGUACAUUUAAAAAUCAUACACUUGGAUCAGAAGUAGUUAUCUGACUCUAUCACAUUUCUGUUUGAUUUUUGUUUUUUUCUUAAGUGCUGCACACUUGAUAUGUGAGCGUUUUUAUACAGACUACGUGCGUAUUUGGUUUUCAGAAGAUUAAAACUCCAGCUAUGACAGAGGAAUCAACUGGAGCAGGAACACCCAGAAUGCUGGGAAAUGAGAAAAACACGGAUAACCAGACUGAGGAGGCAGAAACUGACACAGUUCUGCACCCCAAAACAGCAGCCCAAAGCUCCGAGGCUCCCACCAACGCUAAAAAACUCAAGAAGAAGAAGAAGAAGAAAGCAGGUGACGGAAAAGACAGUCAGCAGAAAGGGAUAAAAAGCACAGCUGAGGAAACAUCUAAACAAGAGACCACAGAAUUAACUCCUGAUGAGCAGCUGAACCGAGAGCUGGACUGGUGCAUCGAACAGCUCGAGCUGGGCCUGAGAACUCAAAAAUCAUCCAGCAAACAAAGGGAAGAAGCAAAAAGUGCUCUGAAGACUUUACGCAGCUCCAAAGCUCCCUUGGUGAAGAAGAGGCAGGUAAUGCGUGCGGUCUCAGGAGACUACAGGAAGAAGAUGGAAGAGGAAAAAGCCAGACAGUUCAAACUCAUACAGUCAGCAAUGACCUCUGCCCGGGUCACCACUGUCUCUGAGUGCAAACCAGUGUUCCAUCGUCGAGCUGAGAAGACCACACAACCCACAGACAAAACAGAUAAAUCUCAAGAGACGCACCCUCUGCAAGGGCCCCGGAAGACAAAUGAACACACAGAGACUGAUGACGACACAAAACCUUUUGUUUUCACUAAAACACAUGAAGAGUUUUGCUUCAACUUCAAUUUGUGACUGUACACAUUAACAUCAACCAGCAGGAUCUGUGCCUUAAGUAGACGUGUGGUCAAUUAUUACAUACUUCUAUUGCAUAAUUUUGCUGUACAUUCUUUAUGCAUUUCAUUAAGAAUUAAAUAUUGAUAAUCAUAUUUCACGUUUUGUUCCUGUCAUAGAAAACAUUUAAGGAAAAAAUGCAAUUAAAGUGAAUACAACCAAA